AUGGCUCAACGUAUUAAACCUCUUUCACGUGAAACAUCUGUACUUUUACUAUGUGAUAUGCAAGAUAAAUUUCGUCCGACAAUAAAAUAUUUUCCACAAAUUGUUGAAACAUCAAAUAAAUUAUUACAAGCUUGUAAAAUUCUUGAUGUUCCAUAUGUAGUUACCGAACAAUAUCCUAAAGGUUUGGGUCGAACAGUAACUGAACUGGAAAUUGGUGAUGUAAAACCAUUCGAAAAAACUCUCUUUUCAAUGUGUACACCGGAUGUUAUAUCAUAUAUAAAAGAACAAGUGAAAGAUUUUAAAACUGCUAUUAUCUGUGGUCUCGAAGCACAUGCUUGUGUAUUACAAACGGCGAUUGAUCUUUUAUCACAAGGGUAUACUGUUUACAUUGUGGUUGAUGCUGUUUCAUCACGAUCAUUGACUGACAGAAUGUAUGCAUUUGAUCAUAUGCGUCAAGCUGGUGCUUUUCUAACAACAUUUGAAUCAAUUAUUCUUCAACUUACGCAAGAUGCUAGUCAUCCAAAAUUUAAACAAAUUCAACAAUUAAUCAAAACAUCUGCAGCUGAUACAGGACUUCUUGCAUUACAUCAUAUUCCAAAUUCAUCUUUAUAA